AUGGGUACGAAAGUUCUCUGGACGAUCGUUGCCCUGGCCGUGGCGGCAUCGACCCCGCUACGUGCCCAGCAGACGGGUUCGUGUGCCGAGGCGGACGAUUUCUCGCUGGUCCGCGAUCCGUACUACUGCUACCGGUUCUACCAGUGCAUCGAUGGCAGUCCGUAUCCGUUGCGCUGCCCGGACGACCAGUGGUUCGACGAGGGCCGCCAGGUGUGCGACGAUCCGGCGGUCGUCGAGUGCGAGCUGGAGGAUCGUCCCCCGACGGUGACGCCAACGCCGGGGAUUUGCAACGACGCCGAGGACAAUCGGCUCGUACUGCACCCGCUGUUCUGCAACGAGUACUACCUUUGCGUCGGCCAAAUUGGCUUCCCGGUGAUGUGCCCGACGGGCCUGUGGUUCGAUGAAGCCCGGCAAAUCUGUGGCGAUCCGGCCGACAUCAGCUGUCCGCAUGGGCGCCCCGGUGCGGCCCGGUGCCGCGACGAGCCCGACUUCGGGCUGGUGCGCAGCGAGUACGCCUGCUAUCGGUACUAUCAGUGCGUGAACGGGUUCCCUUACCCGAUGGUGUGCCCCGAGGAGCUGUGGUUCGAUGCCGAGCGGGACCUGUGCGACGUGCCGGAGAAUGUGCAGUGCGUACUGGAGCCGUCCCUGCCCGUACCGCCGACCCCGGGCAUCUGCAACGAGACGCCCAACAACGCGAUGCGGGCGAAUCCGACCGCCUGCAACAAGUACUACGUGUGCAUCAACGAGAUCGGCUGGUCCAAAUACUGUCCGCUGAAUCUCUGGUUCGACGAGGCCCGCCAAACGUGCUCCGUGCCCGGGGCCACCGAUUGUGCCUUGGGGCCACCGUUGCCACCGCCCCGCCCGGACAACCCGUGCAACGACGUGGAGAACCUGGGCUUCGUGCGGGAUGAGUACUACUGCUACGAGUACUACCAGUGCCGGAACGGCUACCCGUUCCCACUGAUCUGCCCAGCGGACCAAUGGUUCGACGAGGGGCUCCAGCGGUGCGCCGAUUACACCACGGUCGAGUGUGAGGUGGCCGACGGUCCCCCGCCACCGAUAGUGCCGACGCCCGGGAUCUGCAACGAGGUGUACGAGGAGCGGCUCGUGCUGCACCCGCGAUUCUGUAAUCAGUACUACAUCUGCUCGAACCAGAUCGGCAUCCCGGUGAUCUGCCCGACGGGCCUGUGGUUCAGCGAGGACACGCAGUCUUGCGUGUCGCCCCUGCUGGUCGACUGUCCGCACGGGGUGACCCCGCCACCGGAGGAUCCGUGGGCGAUGUGCGACGGUGUCGAAGGGUACGGCUACGUGCGGCAUCCGAACUACUGCUAUCGGUACUUCCAGUGCAUCGACGGCACGCCGUACCCGAUGAUCUGCGAGGGUGACCUGAUCUUUGACCGCGAACGCCAAGUGUGCGACGAGCAGCGGUACGUGCAGUGCGAGGUGACGCCGCCCCCGGUCGUGCGGCCCCCGUCCACGGUCGGGAUCUGCAUCGACGCCCCGGACGGGCAGCUGGAAGCGAAUCCGCAGUACUGCAACCAGUACUACAUCUGCAUCCACGAGGCCGGCUGGCGGUUGGUGUGCCCGCUGGGGCUCUGGUUCGACGUGGAGCGCCAAACGUGCUCCGAACCGGGCACGGUCGAGUGUGGACUGGCGCCGGAGCGUCCAUCGACCACACCGAGCCCGUACGCUCGGUGUUCCGGCAUUCCGAACAAUGCGUACGUCCGGGACGAUAGCUACUGCUAUCGGUACUACAAGUGCGUGAACGGUUCGCCCUUCCCGAUGAUCUGCCCGAACGAGCAGUGGUUCGAUGAUCGGUUGCAGCAGUGCCGACCGCAGGAGGACGUCAUCUGCGUGAUCAGCGAGCCCCCGACCAGACCGCCCCCAACGGCCGGCAUCUGUAACGGGGUGGCCAACCGGAUCCAGGUGCGCCAUCCGACCACCUGCAACCAGUUCUACGUCUGCGACAAUCAGAUCGGGUUCCCGCUGGUGUGUCCGUUCGCCAUGUGGUUCGAUGAGGAGCGGCAGACCUGUCUGCCGGUCGCGGAGACGGCGUGUGACCUGGGACCGCCCACGACCACGACGCUUGCACCGCACCCUUGGGGCCAGUGCGAUACCGCACCGAACUACAGCUUCGUUCGGAACGAGUACUACUGCUACCGUUACUUCCAGUGCGUGGACGGGCGGCCGUACCCGUUGAUCUGCGCCGGCGAGCUGUGGUUCGAUGAGGAGCGCCAGGUGUGCGACGAGCAGGCGAACGUGCGGUGCGUCGUGAAUCCGGCCCCACCGACCGUACCCGCCACGCCCGGCAUCUGUGACGGCGUGCCGAAUGGCGAGAUGACGCUGAACCCGCGCGCCUGCAACCAGUACUACAUCUGCGUGGACCAGAUCGGCUACUCGCUGCUCUGCCCCGAGGGCCUCUGGUUCGAUGCGCAGUACCAGCGGUGUGGCCGGCCGGGCCAGGUGUACUGCCCACUCGUGCCCAUCGUCACGACACCGGAUCCGUUCGAGGUGUGCGAUGGCGUCCAGGAGGGGGGACUACUGCGCAACGAGUUCUACUGUUACCGGUACUUCCAAUGUAAGGACGGGGUCCCGUACCCGAUGAUUUGCCGCGCCGGGCUGUGGUUCGACCAGGAGCGCCAGGUGUGUGACGAGCCGUCCAACGUGCAGUGUUUCUUGCGCCCGGGCCAAGCGGAACCGCCGGUCGCCACGCCCGGCAUCUGCGUCGGCGUUCCGAAUGGCCAGUUCACGCGUAACUGGAACUUCUGCAAUCAGUACUACCUGUGCGUGGACCAGGUCGGUUGGGCGCAGAUCUGCCCCGAUGGGCUGUGGUACGACGAGGACCGGCAGAUCUGUGAUCUGAUCGCGAACGUCCAGUGUCCGAUGUCGCCCACGACGAUUGCUCCUUCGCCAUGGGACCGGUGCGUCGGCGUGGAGGACUUUUCGUUCGUCGAGGAUGAAGAUUUCUGCUAUCGCUACUAUCAGUGCGUGAACGGCAUCCCGUACCCGCUGAUCUGCCCGAACGAUCAGUGGUUCGACCUGCGCCGGCAGGUCUGCGACUCGACGGACAACGUGGAGUGCGAACCGCACGGUGUACUGCCGCCUCCACUGCCCACCGACGGGAUCUGCACAGGGCUGACCAAUAGCGUCCAGGUGCUCCACCCAGUGUUUUGCAAUCGAUUCUACAUCUGCGUCGAUCAGGUUGGCUUCCCGCAGAGCUGUGCCGCGGGGCUGUGGUUCGACGAAUCACGCCAAACGUGUGCCAGCCCGCUGGAGGUCGAGUGCCCGAACGGGCUCACGACGACCCCGUCCCCGAUUCAGGGUAUCUGCGACAACGUGCCAGCCGGGACGUACGUUCCGAAUCCGCUCGACUGCAGCCGGUACUACGUGUGCGUGAACUAUUAUCCUUACUCGCUCGCGUGUCCCGGUGGCACCUGGUUCGACCGUAAUCGGCUCCAGUGCGUGCCGAUCGAUGAAGCGGAGUGUGCGGAUACGGUCACCACUGUGCCGACUCCCGGUAUCUGCUACGGGUUGGCAGACGGUCUGCGUGUGCCCAGCCCGGACAGUUGCUCCCUGUUCUACACCUGCUACAACGAGGGGGGAACACCUUCGUUUUGUCCGCCCGGCCAGUGGUUCAACGAGGAGCUCCAGGACUGCGACGAUCCGGAGAACGUCGACUGCACGCGGGAACCAUCGACCACGGCCCAACCGACAACCGGUAUCUGCGAAGGGCAACCGGACGGACGGUACGUGGCCAGCCCGUACAGUUGCACGCAGUUCUACGUUUGUGUCAACGACACCGGCUACCCAUCGGUGUGCGGACCAGGACUAUGGUUCAGUGAGGCGGCCCAAGAUUGCGUGGAUCCGGAUGACUCCGAGUGUGUCCUAGAACCCUAG